UUUCACCAUUUCCCACAUAUGAGUAACUAAUUACAUUUUCAUAUUCGCCCUUCUUUUUCAUUCAUUGCUUCGGUUGUCAGAUUCCAUUUUACAGUGCAAAAUAAUACUAACAAUCACGAAAUCAUAACAUAUUGAUUGUAUCUCACGUUUUUGCCCCCCUUUCACGGGUUCUUUGCCUUUUCUUCAUCAUUUUCCUUUCGGUCACUUUCUUCUACACCCCAUUUCGCAACAAAUCUUUCUCCAAAUACUCUUUUUUUAUUUGGCAUUCUUAUCCGUUUUUCCCCCCCUGGGUUUUCUGUAAUGUGGUGGGCUGCAUGCUGUUGAUUUCUGAAAUCUGCAUAUUUUCGCGGGGAAGCUGGGGGAUGUAUUUGCAGUGUACAUGUGUAGGUGAUGUUCAUUUUAUAAUCGGAGAUAGUAGUUAAAAAGAGAGCUAAAGACAUGGCAACUGCAAUGGGUAGAAAGGCAGCUCCUGCACGGAAUAUAGUUGCAUUUAGAUCUUAUCAGAGUCGGGCUGAGACAUUGGUUAAAACUUAUUUGUUAGCAGAUCCUUUUAUACCUUACACUUCCGUCUUUGCUGGCAUAUUUGCUUGCAAAAUGGUCUAUGAUCUAUGUCAGCUGAUCAGCAGUUUUUACUUCAGGACGUACACUACCCUAACAAAAAUUCAAAGGAUUGAGUGGAACAACCGUGGCAUGUCAACAGUCCAUGCCAUUUUCAUAUCUGCUGUGUCCACGUAUUUUGCCUUCUGGUCCAAUCUUUUCUCCGAUCACAAUCCUGAUGGCCUUUUAAUCACCAGAAGUUCACCGCUAUCAACUUUUACGUUAGGGGUAUCAGCUGGGUACUUCCUUUCAGACCUUGGAAUGAUUUGCUGGUUUUAUCCUUCUUUGGGCGGAUUAGAGUAUGUUGUCCAUCAUUCUCUUUCAGCAAUUGCUGUAGCAUACUCCAUGUACUCUGGAGAAGGACAGCUUUAUACAUUCAUGGUACUGAUAUCUGAGGUGACAACACCAGAGAUCAACAUGAGAUGGUUUCUUGAUACAGCUGGACUGAAAAGAUCUAGUGCAUAUCUGAUUAAUGGCGUGGUGAUAUUUUUUGCAUGGCUGGUUGCAAGAAUUUUGCUGUUCAUUUACAUGUUUUACCAUGUUUAUUUGCACUAUGAUCAGGUCAUUCACAUGCACAUUUUCGGUAUUCUUUUGGUUUUUGGAGUCCCCUCAGCUCUUGGUGUGAUGAACCUGAUGUGGUUCGGCAAAAUCAUUAAGGGGUUGAAAAAGAAUCUUGCAAAAAGGCUGUGACAAGAUGUCAGUAUGAUCAGUUCCCAUUGAUGCAUUUUUCCCACGAACUCCUCUAUACUGUACAAAUAGGUUAUAGGGUAGCUGCAAGGGGAAGAGAGAAGGGUUAAAGACGUCGGAAGAAUAGAGGGUUAGUAGAAUCAACACAUGUAAUUGGCUACUGGCAAAGCAUGUUCAAGAAGUUCACAUGUCCUAUAUCUGUUUUGAGAAGGAAAGUAUAACAAUGCAAUGAGAAACACCACGGGAAGUAAGUAAUACAUGAGCCCUGUAUAUGUGAUCUGUUCAAAUGAUACAGUUGUUUCCAUGCGAUAAACAUGCCAGAGCCAGUAUCUCCACUUGCAUGUUAGCGUGUUCAUAUAAUAUUUGUUGUUUCCUUCAACUUUCAUUUACUCGUAUACGGGCCAUCUUAUUUAGUUCCAUAUUCUACUCCUAUUAUUUGAUUUUAUUCUAUCUUUGUUUGGCUUCACCUCUUGAAGGCGUGGAAAUUUUUUGUCAACUACCAGGAUUUUCAUUUAUUUGUAAAAAGAUAUAAGUGUUCAAAAGUGAAAGAUAUGAACUUUGGAUUCUCA